GUGUACGGGCUGCGGCUCCGUGCUGGAGGACAACAUCAUCGUGUCCGAGGUGCAGUUCGUGGAGAACAGCGGCGGCGGCUCCUCCGCCGUGGGGCAGUUCGUGUCGCUGGACGGUGCAGGGAAAACACCGACUUUAGGAGGAGGAUUCCACGCCAACCUGGGAAAGGAGUCACGAGCAAAAACUCUACAGAAUGGGAAGCGUCAGAUUCACCACUUGGGAAACCAGCUCCAACUCAACCAGCAUUGUCUGGAUACUGCCUUUAAUUUUUUCAAGAUGGCUGUGAGCAAACAUCUGACACGGGGCAGAAAGAGGACCCACGUCAUCGCUGCCUGCCUCUACCUGGUGUGCAGGACAGAGGGAACUCCUCACAUGUUACUUGACCUCAGUGACCUUCUUCAGGUGAAUGUCUAUGUGCUGGGAAAAACCUUCCUUGUGUUGGCCAGAGAACUCUGCAUCAAUGCUCCAGCCAUAGAUCCGUGUUUGUACAUUCCCCGUUUUGCACACAUGCUGGAGUUCGGGGAUAAGAACCACGAGGUGUCCAUGACGGCUCUGAGGCUGCUGCAGAGGAUGAAGAGGGACUGGAUGCACACGGGGCGCCGGCCCUCGGGGCUCUGCGGGGCGGCUCUGCUAGUGGCAGCAAGAAUGCAUGAUUUCCGACGGACUGUUAAAGAGGUCAUCAGGGUGGUGAAGGUUUGUGAGUCCACAUUAAGGAAAAGGUUGACAGAGUUUCAAGAUACACCAACCAGUCAGCUGACCAUAGAUGAGUUUAUGAAGAUUGACUUGGAGGAAGAAUGUGAUCCUCCUUCGUUUACAGCUGGUCAAAAAAAAUUGAAGAUACAGCAGCUUGAAAAGGCAUUAUCAAAAAAGCUGGAGGAUUUUGAAGGAGAAAUAUCGAGCUACCAAGAUGAAAUAGAGAGUGAAUUAGAAAACAGCAGACCGAAAGCAAAAGGUGUAUUUGCAAAUUUCACUAAAGAUGAUUCUAUAGAAGAUAAUGCCUCUAGCAUUUUUGGAGAGGAGGAGGCAGAAGAUGAGGAGCUAGAGGCAGCUGCUAAUCACUUAAACAAGAGCUUUUAUGAUGAACUUAAUGAGAAGGAUAGAGGUAAAAGAAAUGAAGAUGGGGAAUGCAGAAAUGGAAGUGAAAGUCUUGUGAGACCCCCUGCACUGGAAUCCUUGCUUGGCCCACUGCCCACCGCUGCUAGUCUUGGCAUAACAGAGUCCAUCAAAGAGUGCAUAUCCACAAAGGACCAAGAGCCUGGUGAGAACACAGGGGAUGGAGAAUUAGAUCUGAGUGGCAUCGACGACAAUGAAAUAGAUCGGUAUAUACUUAAUGAAGCUGAAGCUCAGAUAAAAGCAGAGCUAUGGAUGAAAGAAAAUGCAGAUUAUUUGAAGGAACAAAAAGAAAAGGAAGCAAGAAUAGCAAAAGAGAAAGAACUUGGGAUUUAUAAGGAACACAAGCCAAAGAAAUCUGCAAAGAAGCGGGAGCCAAUUCAAGCCAGCACAGCAGGAGAGGCAAUUGAAAAGAUGUUAGAACAGAAGAAAAUCUCAAGUAAAAUUAAUUAUAAUGUGCUAAGGGACCUGAACAGCAAAGGAAGUAACACACCAAAGAAAGAGGAUGACAGCACUGAUGACAGCACCAACACCAAGAAGCUGUCAAGAAGAAAAUCUAUUGCCAGUAGGAAUAUAGCCAACCCUGUAAACAGUGUGGGAAAAAGAUUGAGACCCUUGAUUUCAACCCAGUUUGCUAAGAAGGCUGCCACUGAAGAGGUUACCUUUCCAAAUGCACAAGCUGAAGCCUCUGAUGUAGAAAAACCAGCAGCUGUGCUUGUGGAGAGUGGCCCAGUAGCUUACAACCCCGAUGAAGAGGUGGAAGAGGAAGAGGUGGAAGAAGAUGAAGAUCACUGCAUGAGCGCCUUGCAGUUAAUGGGAGGAAAUGAUUAUGGCUGUGAUAUGGAUGAAGAUGAUGGCUAUUAGCUCCAUUUACUUCCAGGGGACAUGGACUGUGUCUUGUUCUCAGCAAAUCUUCUGUCUUCAAGCUGUAUGAAUAGUGAAAGAAGCUGUCUAUGGUCAGCAAAUGUAAUCGAACAAUCCUUACUUUUGUAAAGUGAAUUCAAGGUUGGCAUUGGGUCUGGUCAGUUUACAUUGACCCAUAACCCAGCAAUAACCAGUUUGGAUUCCUACUUGAAUUUAUUUUUAUUUUGGUGGAUCAUAGUUGGAGAAUUAAAUUAAUGAGAGUAAUGUUUCCAGAGAACAAAAGAGAAGAGACAAAACAGACUGUGCAUGAAGCCUGUGUGGCUGAAAGCAGCACAUCUCUUAUUUAUGUGACUGCUUUUAGGCAUACUGCUGAAAGGGAGCAGGUUGAAGGACAGGGCCUGUUGAUUAUUUGAGUACAGGAAAAUUAGUCAGUCUCAUCAUGCUACAACUGACAGAAAGAAAUGUUUUCAACCUGGAUUGUGAAUGUGACCAUGUUACUGUAUACGGGUUCCCUUACCCAACCCUGUCAAAAGUUAAUGACAAGUUAUAUAUUUGCAGAGCAGUACUGGUUUUCUGAAACAGAGUAAAUACUUCUUUAUAUUAGUAAAUUCAUAGAUUUCUUAAAAUAUCUGACAGUAGAAGGCAAUGAAGAAUUGUCUUCCAUUGUGAGUCCAGUGUGGUUUUUGUGGAAGGAGGCAGAACACCUGGGUUGGGUAGGAAGUGCAGGGAGCAAGGAGGCAAACAUGCUGUGCUCAUGAGCUGUUGCUGGGCAUCCUUAGGGAAAGCCAGGUCUUCUUUAGGCUGGUGUUGCUGCAGGAAAGUCAC